GGAACGCGCACGCGCGCUCCGGAGGCCCCGCCCCCUCGUGGCGCGCGCCCCUGAGGCGGCCGCGGGCACGGGUUGGCUCUCGUGGUGUCUGGCUAUGGAGUCCCUGAGGAGGGCCCACGAGGCCGUGCUGCGCCUGCUCCUGUGGGGUCCCUGGGCUUCGGCCACCGCCUCCUGCGUAAAGCCCCGCGCCUCGGAAGUGCUGACGCGGCACCUGGAGCAGCGGCGACUGCCACACUGGACUUCGUUCUGCGUGCCCUACCGCGCCGUCCGCAACGACCAGUUCGGCCUCUCGCACUUCAACUGGCCGGUGCAGGAAGCUAACUACCACGUCCUGCGCACCGGCUGCUUCCCUUUCAUCAAGUACCACUGCUCCAGGGCUCCCUGGCAGGACCUGGCCGCGCAGAACCGCUUCUUCACGGCGCUCAAGGUCGUCAACCUCGGUAUACCAACUUUAUUAUAUGGACUUGGCUCCUGGUUAUUUGGCAGAGUCACAGAGACUGUGCAUACCAGUUAUGGACCAAUAACAAUUUAUUUCCUAAAUAAAGAAGAUGAAGGUGCCAUGUAUUGAAAGUAUGCAUUAGAGAAUAUAAAUACAGUAUCAGUGGAUUUUCUCUUGUGUGUAUGUGUAAUAUUUUAUUUUUGAUCCUUUAAAAUAAAACUUUUGCAAACACUU